AUGACAGAGAAGGAAGUGCCAGAGCCACCAGCUCCACCUGCUCCAGGUGGGAAACCCAAGAGCCGGCUACAGAAGCUGAAGCAACUUUUCCAGCGAAAGCCCAAGGAGGAGAUGGCGCCAGAGCCACAGCCCAACGGGGAACUUGUCAGCCCCUCAGGGGGACCCAUCUACUACAUCUAUGAGGAGGAGGAAGAGGAGGAAGAGGAGGAGGAGCCUGAGCCCCCUCCCGAGCCCCAGAAACUUGUCAAUGACAAACCCCACAAGUUCAAAGAUCAUUACUUCAAAAAGCCCAAGUUCUGUGAUGUUUGUGCCCGCAUGAUUGUCCUCAACAACAAAUUUGGCCUGAGGUGCAAGAACUGCAAAACCAACAUCCACCACCACUGCCAGUCCUAUGUGGAGAUGCAGCGCUGCUUUGGCAAAAUCCCCCCGGGGUUUCGCCGAGCAUACAGCUCACCCCUCUAUAGCGACCAGCAAUAUGCCUGCGUCAAGGAGCUGCUCUCGGCAGCCAACAGGAGCGACCCCGUGUUCGAAACCCUGCGGACGGGCGUCAUUAUGGCCAACAAGGAGCGGAAGAAAGGGCAAGAUGACAAGAAAAACCCUUUGGCUGCUAUGAUGGAUGAGGAACCAGAGGCCACAAAGCCAGAAAAGGGCAAAACCGAGGGUGGCACCUCUGAAGGGGACAAGACAACUGAGAAGAGCCCAACAGAUGACAAGAACAAGAAGCCACAGCCAGGGAUUCGUGGUGGCUAUCUGCAGUCUCACUAUUUCGUGGCACUUUAUCGCUUCAAAGCCCUGGAAAAAGAUGACCUGGAUUUCCCGCCAGGGGAGAAGAUCACGGUGGUCGAUGACUCCAACGAGGAGUGGUGGCGGGGGAAGAUUGGUGAAAAAAUUGGCUACUUCCCUCCAAACUUCAUCAUCCGGGUGCGGGCAGGUGAGCGGGUGCACAAGGUGACACGCUCCUUCGUGGGCAACCGGGAGAUCGGGCAGAUCACACUCAAGAAGGAUCAGAUUGUGGUGCAGAAGGGGGAGGAGGUGAAUGGUUACGUGAAAGUCUACACCGGCCGCAAAGUGGGGCUCUUCCCCGUGGACUUCCUGCAGGAGAUCUGA